CGUUGAAAAGUGACUUGCUGAAAACACUAGUUGUUGCGCAAAUUCCGACCAUGGUGCGCGUCUUUUAUGAGCCCCCUCCUUUUGGUGUGGGAACAGAUCUGAACAGGUCAGGAUAUGGUGUCCACGGUGGCGGUCUCUUCAAAGGCUUGUUGGAAAGGGCCAGCAAGAUGCGCCCCAUCGUUUCUAUUGGAGUUCCGGUGACGGUGAUCUUCAUGAUCGCCUCCAUUCCACUCAUGUUCAACAAGCUCCCUUUCUCCAUGGAUCCGGAGUAUCAGGCGGCUCAGCGCGCAUAUAUGCGUUACCACAAUAUGAAUCCCAUUUUCGGUAUCAGCAGCAAACGCGCUCGGGCCAUGGACGCCGAUCCGUAAUCGUGGUCUCCUACACGUCGACGAUUGGGAAUGAUGAUUGUGAAGCAUUCACAAGUGCAGUCCCAUCGGAUGUAUUGAUCGUAUUGUUUAAUGAAUCAUUAACAGUAGAAAAGAUCACUGACGACGUGCCAACUGUUCCCGAUGCCGCUCAAACUGCCUGGGCAGCUUUCAUCCGUCUUUUCGACGAGCUCCGGAAGAUUUGCAGGGAAUUCAUUGGUAUUUUGCCAAUGCUGUAUGACUACCAUAUGGACUUUCCCGAACCACAAUUCUCCGCUUUGUCUCCUUUGCAUUCACAGGCUCAUAAAUUUGAAACCAGUUCCCAAGUUAUUUCAGCAACACAUCCACAAUUGUUCAGUUUUCUGAAACUCUGCUUCUUUUUCCUUACCUGCCAGCAAGGUGCUGCAACACUCCAGGGUGGUCCUAUGGUCGGGGAAUCCGGAAACCAAGACGAUCUCAUUCCCAGAGCUCUUAAAUCGGGUAAGGGAUCUUCAAGCUCCAAGGACCCGAAAUCUUCUCAACGCUCCACAACACUCAAGAUAACUGUGCGCAACUUAGCCUAUCUCCAACCCAUGUCUGGCUUUUUUGUCAUGGCCCACAACGCUCAUGCCACUCCGCUCUUCCAGCUUGGCGAACCUGCGACGGAUGCGCUUGCAACUCUUGCUGAAGAGGGCGACGCGAGCGCUCUUGUCAACAUGUUCAGCGAAAUGGAAACCACGGGCGUGGACCAGUCCUCCAUCGGUGUGUUCAGUAACGGAGGCCCGUUGACUCCCUUUGAGUCGCUCACCUUUGAGGUCAAGGUUUCAAAAAAGUAUCCAUACGUGUCCUUUGCGAGUAUGGCAAUCAACACCAACGACUGCUUUAUCGGCAUUAACGCCCGCGAACUUGUCCCUGGUAUGUCGUUCACGGUUCCCGGCUACGAUUCCGGCACGGAGGAAAACAACGAGGAUUGCGGCUUCAUCCCUGGUCCCUUUUGCCAAGACAUUAACACUGACAGUGCCGCCGCUGGAAAUGGUGAGGGAGUGGUUCACGUCCAUCGUGGCGUGCAUGGCGUCGCAGAUUUGAUCCCCGCCGAGCUUGAUUGGCGCAACCCGAUGUUGUUGGUGACUGUGGAGUAGCAUAGUAUUGCUACUAAUGCAUUGUACAAGUUGGUUUUGGGAUAAAAGGAAUGCAUACAUUUUGCCAAAGUCUGAACUCAAACUAGUCCAUCGCAUCAUACCAAGGCUUGGCCCACGCUGGUAGUGGAGCAAUCACUCCAUAGUCUAGGAAUAAUUCUUCGUGUACAGCGAUCGGUUUUGUAGCGCGAACAGCAGCGCCAAAGUUUGAUCCGACUCUUCCGUCGAGCAGAACCACUUCGUUGGUUCCGGCAUCGUAAUACCAGGGGGAGUUGUCGGAACGAACUUCGUUCGGGAUCUGGUAGAGUGAUUGUUUGUCGAGCGAUGCCUUGAAGUGUGGUGUAAGGACGUUCGACCAAGCAAAAGAUAGCACGUUCACGUUGGCACGCUUUACAGAAUGAUUGACAAAAUGUGCACAGGCA